CAAAUUUCAGAUGCGCUUGGGCAUUUUCCUGCUGGCACUUGCCGGCUGUUGUAGUUUCGCUAGUGCUAAACAAAACUGCUUAGUCGGAAAUCUAAUUGUAUCGGAAAAUGUUAUUACAUCAAAGUCUGUUGAAUUGAGAGAAUGCGAAGGAUUGUGCAGAAAACAAACUGUCAAAUCUCCAAGCGGAGGACUUGUUCUCUUGACAUGCGAAGAGAACAAGCUCAUGGCUUUCAUUAACAAAGGACAGGAUUGCUCCAGCAGUGAGCUUGAGACAUCAUGCUUCUGCGAGGAUGAGUUGUGUAACAAGGUCGACUUGGAAGAAAAUAUUCCAAAGCCAAUCGAAGUUAUUAAUGCCCCAAACAAUAUCCUCUGCUACGUCGGAUUCUAUGCCAACAACACUACUCCAGGAUUCGGAUCAGGGGACACCGUCACUUGCUCCGCAGGAAAUGUAUGUACCAGUGUUUCUGGAGUCUACAACGGAUACGACGCUGCUGCCUACGCUUGCAUGCCACAAGGACUUUGCGACGGCAUCUUCCCAAAUAUUGACCCAAAUAAUCCAAUCGCCUGCACCAAUCUCGCUGGAACCAACAUUCAAGGAUGCUGCUGUUACAAGCAAGAUUGUACUAGCCUCGCUCCAAUGAACAACCCACCAACUCCAUCUCCAUGGAACAAGAACAACCAGACAUGCUAUCAAGGAAUUUCCGUCAACGGAGCUCUCUUGUAUGGAGGAUCCUUCUCUCAAUGCUUGGGAGAAUGCGGAUCUGCUCGUAUUCGUACCACUUACAAUGGAGCCAAUGUAUGGGGAGAGAUCUUCGUUUGCGACCCAGUCAACGUCUUCACUGCUUUGAACCUCGACAGCGGAUGCAUGAACCUUGACACCCAAAACAUCAAUGGAGUCCCAACCGCUCUCAUCACCGGCUGUGCCUGCAACAGCAUGGACAAAUGUAUUGACCCAACUGUUGUUCCACCAGUCUACCCAGUCAAGCAGCUCAGAUGCGCUGUCGGACUUUACAAUGGAACAACCUGGCUCGGAGCUGAAAUGAACUGCCAAGGACGAUGUGGACGUGUCAGGUUCAAUGCCAACGGACAACAAGUUUCAUACUUCACUUGCAUGCCAUACGAUGUCUGCGCUGGAUUCGGACUUGCUUCCACUGAAGGACAAACCUACAAUCCACCACAAGACGAGGAACUUGAGGUGUACUGCUGCUCUGCUAGCAACAACUGCAACGUUAACAAUCCAUACAUUCUCGGACGUGUGAAUAACUCUGCUGUGUCUACCGCCAAGUAUCCAGUUCUCUGCUACGGAGGAAUCUGGGUUAACGGAGUUUCCAUCACCAACUCUGCUUACGGACUCUGCCAAGGAGAGUGUGCUUCAGCUAGCUUCACCACCACCUUCGCCAACCAAGUUCACAAUGCUACCAUCUACACUUGCGAUCCAGUCACAAUGUGCCAACAAGCCGGAAUCUCCAACUCUUGCGGAAGCGUUCUUGGAGGAGUCAAUGCUUGCUGUUGCGACAAUGAUCUUUGCAUUGAUCCAAACAGAGGAUCUCAACGCCCACAACUUCGUUGCUAUUCUGGAGUUUCUAUUCCACAAGACAAAUACAACACUGGAGGAGACCAAUUCUGUGAUGGAUGGUGCGGAUCCUUGAACUCUGUUGUCAACGGAAAGAACGCAACUGUCUACUACUGCGCCCCAGUUGGAAUGUGCCGCUACUUCGGACUCGGAUUCGGAGGAUCUUACGGAAACUGUGGACAAAUCCCAGGAGCUGACCCACAAGUCACUGGAUGCUGCUGCUCAGAAACUGACAACUGUCUUGCCCCAGCUGGAGUCAACGUCACUGCCAUCCCAGCUCGUCGUGACCCAAGAAUUGUCUGCUACGAAGGAAUCCAUCUCAACGGACAAAACAUCAGCCAGCCUUACUACCGCAUGUGCGACGGAGAAUGUGUGUCUGUUUCCCUUGGAGGAACCGUCAAUAACAACUCUCACUACGCUACUCUCUACACCUGCGAUCCAAGCAGUGCCUGUGCCGCGAUGGGACUUCGUAACAACUGCUCCACCAUUGACAACUCUCUCACUGCUUGCUGCUGUGACUCCAAUGAGUGUAUUGAUCCAACCUACAACCGUGUUCCAGGAAAAGCUCUCAAAUGCUACGUCGGUAUCAGCACCCAGCACAAGGGAAACAUCGCAGGAGCUGAAGUUCUUUGCGACGGAUAUUGUGCCACCGUUUCCGCUGUUGUCGGAUCCGACUAUGUCACCGCCUUCCAUUGCGCUCCAAGAUCUAUGUGCCGUUCCCUUGGACUUGACAACUCGAACAACACUUUCUACUUGGACAGAUUCGUCAACGCGUACUGCUGUGAUGUCUUCGACAACUGCAACGUUGCUACGUCUGGAUUCAACGUCACCAUUCCACCACUUGCACCAAAUGAGAUGCCACGCGCUUGCUAUUCUGGAAUUUUCAUUGGAGGAAGCCAAAUCUCUGACGGAGGAUGGACUGCUUGCAAGGGAGAUUGUGUUGCUGUCAACUUGAACACCACAUACAACGGAGUUGCUACCACUGCUUCUCUUUACACGUGUGACCCAUCUUACAUCUGCAGAAUGAUGAACUCAACAAACAGAUGCCACCAACAAGAACAAGGAUUCGAGACUUGCUGCUGUGACAGCGAUGCUUGCCUCGAUCCAACAUCCACCCCACCACGUAAACCAUAUGGAGAUGGAAACCUCUGUUACGUCGGAGCUUACUCCUAUGAUUUGAAGGGAAAUACCAUCUUCAAUGCCGGAGGAGAACAAUACUGCGAAGGAAACUGCGCAUCUGUUACUUCAACACUUGCCAACGCUAACGUCACUGUUUACGCUUGUGUCCCAACAUACGUCUGUAACAGCUUGUACGUCUAUGACAGCUGCCGCACACUCUGGUAUGAUAGAGAUAUCACUGGAUGUUGUUGUACCAAUGGACCUAACUGCAACUUGAAUCAAGUUGUUCCAAGACCUCCAAUCAACAAUCCCGGAAGAAGACGUCCACGUGUUGAAUAUCCAAUCACCUGCCCAGCUGGUCUUAUCGUUGACGGAUUCAACCAAACUCCAAUGGAAUUCUCCGUUUGCUUCGGUGAAUGUGCCUCUGUCAGCAUCAAUGCUACGAUCAACGGAACUUUGCACACGGCUUCCUUCUACACUUGUGAUCCAUCGUCUGUCUGCUACCAACUUAAAGUUCAUAACAACUGUACUUCCCCAGAAGCUGGAGUCACCGCUUGCUGCUGCGACAGUGAUGCUUGCCUCGAUCCGAACAGAGGAAAGACCGUUCCAACUCCACCACUCAAGUGCUACGUCGGGCUCUAUUCUACCAGCGUGCCAUCACUUCAAACCGGAGCUGAACAACUCUGUGACGGCAAGUGUGCCUCGGUUAACGCUCGCAUUGCCAAUGACAACGUGACCCUCUUCGCUUGUGUUCCACACUCUCUAUGCCGUUCCCUCGAGCUCUACGAUUCCUGCGCCCGCAUGGAGCCAUACUACCCAGAAUUCCGAGCUUGCUGCUGUGACAAUGCUGAUAACUGCAACGUUCGACAGACCCAUCUUGCCAACGUGAUCAACACCACCAUUCCACUCACUCCACUCAAUGAUGCUCCAAUAUCUUGCUACUCCGGACUUUUCAUCAACGGAACCGCUUACAGCUCGGCUGGAUGGCAGACUUGCCAAGGAGAGUGUGUCUCAGUAUCCAUCACAUCUCAAUUCAAUGGACAAGCCGGAACCGCUGCUCUUUACACCUGCGAUCCAUCCCGCGUUUGCCGUAAUUUGAAAAUUCUGAACAAGUGCUCCACUCUUGAGAACGGAAUUACCGGCUGCUGCUGUAACACCAAUGCCUGUAUUGAUCCAACAGUCUAUCCAGCUCGUAACCCAGGAAACCAACUUAUGUGCUAUGCUGGUAUCAGCUCGAACUACAUUGUUAAUGGAAGCGCAGUUAACGUUGGAGCUCAAAUUCCAUGUAACGGACAAUGCUCAUCCCUCUCAGGAGUUGUCGGUGGAUUCCAAGUCAACACCUAUCACUGCAUGCCAAACUCGAUCUGUAACUCCCUUGAACUCUACGACAACUGCAAACCAGUUUGGAAUGACAACCAAGUCACUGGAUGCUGCUGUAACAAUGCCAACAACUGUAACAUUGCCAAUACCACCAUCACUCCACCACCACCACCAACUUCAGUCGACUAUGCUAUUGCUUGCUACACUGGACUUUAUGUCAACGGUGUUCCAUCUACUCCAGUCAUUCUCGGAGCUUGCCAGGGACAAUGUGCGUCCAUCUCAUUGAACACUACACUCAACGGAGUUGCCACCACAGCAACUCUUUACGGAUGCGACCCAAGCACUGUUUGCCAAUCUCUCAACAUGAACAACUGGUGUGCCUCCCCAAUCCCAGGAGUCUCCGGAUGCUGCUGUAACACUGAUCUCUGCCUUGAUCCACCAAAGAACAAGACUGUACCAUCUGGAUUCCGCAAGUGCUUCGCUGGAAUCUACGCUCAAGGAAAGGCCACUGGAUCUGAAAUCUUCUGCCCAGGAAAGUGCGCCUCAAUUCAAGCUACCCUCAACCAAGACCCAGUUGCUAUCUUCGGAUGCGUGCCAACCCAAUUCUGCAGACAACUCGAGAUGUACGACGAGUGCAAACCACUUCCAUAUGAUACCACAGUUACGGGAUGCUGCUGCGACAACUACAACAACUGCAACGUCGAUUUGGCUGGAUAUGGUGGAAAGAUCAAUACUUCAAUGCCAGUUACGAACUUCCGUGAUUAUCCAAUCGCUUGCUUCUCUGGUCUUUACGUCAAUAACAUGCCAAUUUCCAUCGCUGGUUGGCAAGCAUGUAAGGGAGAAUGCGCUUCUGCUACUCUCUCAACCAUGUACAAUGGAGCUCUCACCAACGCUACAAUUUACACUUGCGAUCCAGUCAGCACAUGCUAUCAACUUGGAAUGAACAACAAUUGUACUACCAUUGAGAAUGGACUUUCCGGAUGCUGCUGUUCUACCGAUGCUUGCCUCGACCCAACUGUUUCUCCACCACGUACUCCUAACCCACUCAAGUGCUACGUUGGUCUACAAUCUACCUACAAUUCGUUGAGCCUCGGAGCUGAGACCUAUUGUUCCGGACAAUGCGCUUCAUUGACUGGAAUCGUCGGAGGUUUCAAUGUCACUACUUAUCACUGUGUUGCUGAUACUAUCUGCAAAUCUCUUGAGAUUAAGGAUACUUGUCGUCCACUUUGGAGUGACAGAGAAGUCACUGCCUGCUGCUGUAACAACGCGGACAACUGCAACCUCAAGGAUCCAAAUGUGAAACCAGGACCAGCAGUUCUUCCAGAUUUCCCAACUGCUUGCUACCAGGGACUCCUUGUCAACAACCAAACAUACGGUGCUCCAUUGACUCUUCAAGGAUGUUACGGAGACUGUGCAUCUAUCACCAUCUCUACCACCAUCCAGAACCAGAAUCACACCGCAACUUUGUUGACAUGCGACCCAACAACUGUCUGCCAACAGCUCAACAUGUCCAACUCCUGCCAAACCGUUGAGCCAGGAGUUUCCGGAUGUUGCUGCGACACCGAUGGAUGCCUCAACCCACUCACCAACACUUACCCAGGACCAGCCAAGUGCUACGUCGGAGUCUACACCAGUGACGGAAAUGUCAACGUUGGAGGAACCGUAUCAUGUGACGGAUAUUGCGGAUCUCUUGAGACAACUGUCAAUAAUGUUCUUUACAAGUCAUAUCAUUGCGUUCCAAAGACAAUUUGCAAGUCCCUUGGAUUAAACAACGAGCGUAAGACCAUCUCCACAGACAAGGAUAUCACCGGUUACUGCUGCACAACCGGAACCAACUGCAACGUCAAGGAAGCUGCCGUAAACACCACAAACACUAUUCCAGUUCCAACUGGAAUUCCAAUGAUUUUGUGCCGCUCUUCCAUCUAUCUCAAUAACAUCGCUCUGACAGCUGACGCCUACAGUGUAUGCGCUGGAUCAUGUGCGUCUAUUUCAUACACUGGCCCAUACAACGGAGGAAGUCAGACACUGACAUUGUACACAUGUGAUCCAGUUACUGUCUGUACCUCCUUGAACUUGGCCAACUCGUGUGCUUCCAUUGACGGUGGCCUCUCUGGAUGCUGUUGUAGCACUAAUAACUGCGUUGGUCCAAACGUGCUGCCAAGCGCCGGCACCACACAGCCAUCAACUGUUUCCACAUUGUCACCAAUUGUUUCCACAUUGUCACCAAUUGUUUCCACAUUGUCACCAAUUGUUUCCACAUUGUCACCAAUUGUUUCCACAUUGUCACCAACUGUUUCCACUCUGUCAUCAAAUGCUACCUCGCUGACACCAAGUAAUCCUGUAUUGGUAUCAACUGCUACUACACAGUCGCCAGCCACAACCACAAAGGGAUCAUCUUCCAUCACCUUCUCAAUUCUUGCUCUCUUCGCUGCUGUAUAUAUUGCUUUGACUAGACAUUAGGCCAGCUAUAGAGAAUUUUUCCAUCAUUUCUUUCAUGUAUGUGCUUUUUUCGCGCAGAUUUUUUAUUUUUUUGUUUUACUUAUUUCUAUUGUUCUUCCUUGAAGAGACUAAAUCUUAAUUGUUGAGCGUUCUUUCAUACUAUAAAUUUAUUUCUCGACAAA